AUGUCGUUCGAAGCCAACGAUCUGAGCAAAACCACCUCGAGGGGCUCUAGCACCCGCUCUUCCCUCUUCAGCCGUGCUUCCGGAUUCGUCAUGGGCUCUGCUUCUCGACGCCAUCCACAUCCACAUCCACCAGCACCAGCGUCUGAUUCUCAAGCUGCCAGCUCCGUCUCGAGUCCCAACAUGCCCUCCAACGACACCAUGACCGACUACAGCAAGCCCGAAUCCAGCGAUGCCGCCAGAGGUCCACGCAAGUUCGACCACAUUUUUGCGACACCCGAUCCAAGUGUCAAGCUCGCACCGCCCACUGCGCUCUCUGAUUCGCAGCAGGAAAAGUACGACCAAAUGCUCGAGCAUUUCACCUCGACCAAACUGUUUCCCACCAGCCUCAAGCCCAACUCUGCCAAGAAACCGCUCGACGACUGGGAAAAGAUGCGCAACCUUUCGCGCGAAUCCAUGAUCCGCUACCUCCGCGCCACCAAGUGGGACGUGGCAUCGGCUAAGAAACGUCUUACUGAUACCAUCGCAUGGAGGCGCGAGUACGGCGUCGAUAGUCUCAAGGCGGAAGACCUCGAGCCCGAAGCCAUGACGGGUAAGGAAACCAUCCUAGGAUACGACAACAAGGGUCGUCCGCUCCACUACAUGCAUCCAUCGCGCAACACGACCGAAGAGACGCCGCGUCAGAUGCAGUUUGCCGUGUGGAUCCUGGAGCGUGCCAUCGAUCUCAUGCCUCCGGGUGUCGAAAUGCUUGCACUGCUCAUCAACUUUGGCGGUAAGAAGCGUAACCCCACUUCGAUCAGCAAUGCCAAGCUCAUGCUGUACAUUUUGCAGAACCAUUAUGUGGAGCGAUUGGGCAUUGCACUCUGCAUCAACGUGCCUUGGAUCUUCAAGGCAUUCUGGAACGCCAUCUAUCCGUUUAUCGACCCGGUCACCAAAGGCAAAUGCAAAUUUGACGAAGCGAUCAAGGACGAAGUUCCUAAUGGGCAGUUGGCGUCGGAUUUUGGUGGCUUGCUCGACUUUCCUUAUGAACACGAAAAGUACUGGCCCCAGCUGGUCGAGCUAACCAACAAGAGGAGAGAGGAACAGAUGGAAAGGUUCAAGACGCUGUGCGGCGCCGAAAUCGGUGCUAGCGAGUGGGUGAUCCGAGGUGGUGACGCGCCGAACCGCUCAACUGCGCCCAAGAAGCAAGAUUCCGGGUACCACGAGGUCGAGUCCAAGUCUUUGCCUGCCUAUCAACCAGCCGCAGGCAGCAGCGAGAACGAAAGUCAACUCGAUCGAUUCUACACGUCUCCAAGCGAGCUGCCACCUGAAUUGGAACGACAGCUGGAUGAGUCGGAUUCCGAGAACAACACUGUCGUCAACGAUGAUCACGCGUCCUCGGCUGUAGAUGCAACGCCGCAAAGGAAGGAGCACAAGCAAGGCGAUGCAAGUCUGUUUGCCGCUGUCGUCGGCGGCGUCUCGGCGGGGCUCGUCGGCGGUAAAGCGGCGUCGGAUGCUGCCGAGCAGGCAGGUAAGAACGCAGGUGACGAAGCGCAAAAACACCAUCAGCACUUGAGUCACAUCAAGGCCGUUCUUGGUAGAAAGAGCGAUGGCGAGUCAAGACCAGCCGUCUCUGCGUAG